CGGGGUUUACGCAUCAUCUACGUAAGAAAGGAGCAGGAAGAAAAUAAAGACACUGUAGAGAUAACACUGUCAAAAUAACGUCGUUUAUAGUAUAUCGGCUUGAUACUGACAAAUAACCUAAGCGUAAUCCUGUGUGGAGGGAAACGCGGUGAUAUUUUCCAGUCAUUGUUUUUAUUUCCAGCAGUUUUUCUGUGACCAGCGUUAUUGCACAUACAGUAGCAGAUGAAAAAAGGAAUGCCUGAAAAACAUGUCUCACAAAGAAGAUAAUGAAGGCAAAAAGAGCCCUCACCGCACUGAAUUGUACACCAGCAUCCCUGGAACAUGUCUGCCCAUUGUGUACCACCCUGACUACAACAUCACCUUCAUGGGCCUUGAAAAGCUCCAUCCAUUUGAUGCAGGGAAGUGGGGGAAAGUCAUUCACUUCUUGAAAGAGGAGGAGUUCAUCACUGACGGGAACCUGGUGGAAGCGCGUGAAGCUACAGAAGAGGACCUGCUGGUGGCUCACACCAAAGGCUACCUCAACAGAUUAAAGUGGUCUUUUGUGGUGGCAACCAUCACAGAAAUCCCACCCCUCAUGUUGCUGCCUAAUUUCCUGGUGCAGCGGAGAGUGUUGAGGCCGUUGCGGACACAGACUGGAGGAACAAUAAUGGCAGGAAAACUGGCUGUUGAUAAAGGAUGGGCCAUAAAUGUAGGAGGAGGCUUCCACCACUGCUCCGGGGACAAGGGAGGGGGCUUCUGUGCCUACGCCGACAUCACUCUGGCCAUCAAGUUUCUGUUUGAGAGAGUGGAGGGCGUCUCCAAGGCUACCAUCAUCGAUCUGGAUGCUCAUCAGGGAAAUGGACAUGAGCGAGACUUCUUGGAGGACAAGAGAGUGUUCAUCAUGGAUAUGUAUAACCGAUACAUUUAUCCCGGGGACACGUUUGCCAAAAGAGCCAUAAAGAGGAAGGUGGAGCUGGACUGGGGCACUGAAGACUCCGAGUACCUUCAGAAAGUGGAACUUCACUCAGAGGGAGCGCUGAAUGAGGUACGACCUGACAUCAUCGUCUACAACGCUGGGACAGACAUCUUGGAUGGGGACCCGCUUGGAGGACUCUCCAUAUCUCCACAGGGAAUUGUAAAGAGAGAUGAGAUCGUGUUCAGGGCCGCGAGGCGACGAGGCAUCCCGAUACUUAUGGUGACAUCCGGGGGAUACCAGAAGAAAACAGCGCGCAUCAUCGCCGACUCCAUACUGAACUUGCACCAGCAGGGCCUGAUAGGAGCAGAGGCUCUGGAGGCAGAGGGAUCGUCAUCACUGGUGACCAGCAUGAUGUGCAGCUCUGGAUCUGUGGGCUCCAGAUUCACGGCUGUGUGAGGCACGAGAGUCCUGGAGGAGUUCUCACCUGCAGGUGUGUCAUCCACUUGAGAGGUGUUUAAAGGCACUACAGUAACUUUUUAUUGCACACUGACCAUGAAACUCCAAGGUUACUGCUGAAAUGUGCUUCUUUAAUAUGAAGGAAACAGGUGGUUGACCGAUGCUAGUUUGCACAUAAGCAACAAAAAAUAAGCUUUUUUUUUAUUUUUAUUUUUUUUAGAUUUUUCAUUUUAGAUGUAGACGGAAUACCUGAAGGAGAAACAAAAAAAAGAGUCCUGAAACAAUCAAAUUCUCCUGACUGCAGUCAAUUUCAGAAGCUUUCAGAAACUACAAAUGGAUUUGUUUAAAUAUUCAUUCGAUGGAGAAUAAUGGUUUUUAUGUUUAAUGCAUUAUUUCGGGCGGCGUUUUAGAGAGGUAUUCUUUCAUCUCAGGAAAUGUAAUUAUGUCAUUUGUGGGCGAUUUGAUGUAUUAGUAGUUCAUGAAUGAGUUAAGAGGUUUGAUAUUCUAACAGUAAAUGAAUAACCCUCUAUUAAAUGGUUCUGGAGAUGAAACACAAGAUAACUCCACAUGAAAGCGGAACAUAAUCUAACGGUGAUGUUUAACCUUCUUAAACAUGAGAAGUCUUCUUUAUUACUUGUUAACAUUUAGUUUAUGAGUUUAAUUCUGAUGUUUGCACUUGAAUAUAUUUUUAAUAAUUGAACAGUUAAUUGUGUUCCAUUGAUCAAAAUGUGCCAUUGGGAUUAAUACUUACCCUUCUAAUUGACUGUAUCUGUGCAGUUCACGUUUACAUGACCACUUGUAUGGUUUUAUUGUUGGUACUAAAAAUGGCUUUUUGAGGGCGUUUUCACAUAAGGCACGAUUAUUUUAUACCAUGCUCGACGAAAGAACUUUGGGGUCAAGUGUGCUCAGAUCUGGGCCCGGGUCCCUAAUGUGAAACCAGCCUAAUUGUGAACAAAUUUGCACUUUUACUGGUGUAUUGUGAUAGUACGUUAACACUCCCAGUCUCCUAAAAAUCAAUGUUCUUGUCGUAGUUUGUCUGUGGUCUGUAGAUCAAACCUUCAUUAAUGUAAACGGUUUAAAUGUGAGAGAGGUGCUUUUCCUGGGUUUUUUAGUUCUGAGAGGUUUGCAGUCGUGUACUAUAGAGACCUCCUUAAUGAGGUUUACAUUCUCAGUGGUUUUAUUAGUGCAGACAAAUUAGAUAUUUUGGAUCAAUGUGAUUCAUGCAGCAACUUCCAAAAAUCACUGACACAUUCACUGGGCGUGUUGAUGUCUGUGUUCGGGUUCUUCUGCCCCUUUAAGCCAUGUAAAGUUCAAAAGUUUACUCUGAAUGUUCGAGGCACAACUUUAAGAUCAUUUACAGCUUCUGGCUUUGUAUAUCUACUCAACUGUGAAACCAAGAACUUUGCUGAGACCCACUAACAUGGUACCAUGGUCAUAAAGAAGUUCUCUGAAUCCCUGCUGCAGUCAGAUUACAAACUGAGUGAAUGACACAAACGAACAAUUCAUACUUUUCAUGUGACGUCACACACUUACUGCACCGCCCACCUGGCAGGCGAGGGAUUCGUCCUCCUGCUUCAUGAUGCAUGCAGCAUUUUUUUAAAGGGACGACAGUUGUUUAAUUGGAUGUUUUAAAUGACGAGAAGACCAGCCCUGGUUUAACUUCCACAGAUUUCCAUCUGAGAAGGAAAACAGUCUGUUUUUUGCACAGGCAGCGUCAAUCCUAGUACAAAACCAAUGCCAUUCAGCGCUCAUCGUCUGAUGUUUUUUUGCCAGUUUGAUCUCGGUUGACUUUCAUUGGCUUUCAUUCUGGCGCUCAUUCUCAACAGUAGUUAUAUAUGAACAACACCGGAGUGAAGUUCUUGUUGAUUAUAGCAAGAGCACAAAACUUAGAGUUUAUCUUACCUUUUGGGGUUGUCAGGUGAUGUAAACAUGCAUUUUUUUUAGAAGAGAUGGAAAAUAUAGAAGCCCAUGCUGCAGCUCAGCAGAGUCUUCAAUGUUUUCCGCCACUUUCUGAAGCUGUCUCGGCGUCAGUCACGUGACUGAAACCUAUGAAUCAAGUCUUAUUAUCAAGCUGGAUAAAAAAAACAGGGAUGCCAAAUUUCAUUUAAAGGACAAAUACAUGUGCAAAUAAUUUAGGAUGCAGUUUAUGAGUUGCAAACAUCCUUUUCAGUUUAAACUUAAACUUCUGACUUGACCAUGUUUCUAGGAUUCAGCAAUGAUAAUGGUUAAUAUGUCUUAAGGUAGAAAUGAUGGCCAAACUGAAAUAUGUAGAUCUAACCUGUGGCAACACACAAAUUCAAACACUGCUGAAGUGGAUGAGUGGAUGAGCUUUAGAAAAUUCUGAUUCCUAAAAGCUCAUUAGCUCCGUUGUGAAAUCCAUUGUGGAAUGUGGACGUGACAGAUGUGAUAGUGUGCAUCCUCUAGUGUGUGGUGAAGUGUUAAGAAAGCUCAGGGAGAAAAAGUUAAGACACAGCAAAGCUGUUGACCAAAUGAAAAGAGAAGUUAAUGUUGCUGUGAAUGUGGCUAAAGAGAACUUUUAAUUAUACAACCACAUCCUCUGUGGACUCUGGUGUCAGCCAUUGCGUUAUACAUGUUCUGCGGCUGAGUGGACCUGAAGUGGCAGCUGGCAGGUGCUGCUGCUUUGACUUUGUAAUGUUUUAAAAAAAAAAACUACUUUUUAACGCUCAUUAUAUCCCACUGCUCUGGCUUCAUUCUUCAGGAAAGAGAAGUGGAUGAGUGAGGAGGUGAGUACAGACUCAUGAUGUGUUAAAGGGAUCUUUGAACAACAUGAAACGCCGUGUUCUGGGGCUCAUCCAGGAAGCUGUUUGGACACACUCUUAAUGAAACUGUGAAACGCGGGGCCAUAUUAAUAAUGGCAGCCUUAAUUAGCUCAAGCUUUUUCGAUCUGGUGUGCUGCUUUUAAACACGGCUGAAGGUUUGGCGCAGCCUACCUUUAAUUAGGACUUAGAGUUUACCACUUAUUGUGAGACAGUCUCUACUUCAUAGUGAUGAGAUCGCAGCUCAUCAGCCCCAUUUCUGUGUCAGCCAGCGUUAUACUCACAUGUAGCUGAUUGAAUGUUGUGUGCCAAAAUAAUCCUGAAGCCUGCACAGCUGUACUGUACUUUGUUUUGUUAUACUAAUAUUGAGAACUACUUCUAUGUUUUCAUGAUGAUUUUGAAUAAAUCAUUAACAA